AUGAAGUCCAUGUUCCCCGUGCCUUUGAAGCUGCUGUAUGGCUUCGUGUUGAGCGGUGCGUGGCCCUGGCGAUUUGGCAGGCUCAACGCGCCCAAAGAUAGCUUGGCGUGGGAGCUCGGAGUGCGUGAAGAGAAGGCAGAGAGCCGUGCCUCCCAGUUGCGGCGCGAGCUUGGGGAGAUGCGCCAAGCCAGGGAGCAGUUCGAGGCGAAGGCCGAAGCCCUGGAGGGUGUUUUGCAGAAGGAGCGGGAGGAGCACCAGGCUUGGCUGGAGAGCAGGUCGGAAUCCAUGGCCAAGGACCUUCAAGAUCUCAGCACUGGCGUGGAGGGCAGCAUCGCGGAGAGCUUCAGCUUGAUGAAGGCCCGCCUCAUUGAGGCUGAGGGCACGGUGCGGAAGCUGGUGAACCAGCUGAACGGCACCUUCCAAGAGCCGCUGAAAGAAUCCAAGGCGUCCAGGGACCCCGAGGAGCUGGCGAACGCCAUGACCAAGCUCCUGGAGGAGCACCAGCAGCUCAUGAAGCGCCAGCAGCUGCUUAUGGCCCAGCGUGGAACAAAUGCGCCACAUGCAGGCAGCUUGGCCUUGCCGCCCCAGCCUGCCAGCUGUUCGAUUCCGACGGCACCCCAGGCAGAGGCCUUGAAUUCUCCCCGGCAAGCGUCGGACCCGACCCAGAGACGGGGCGAUUCUGGGAGCCCUAGGAGGUCCUUGGAUGCCAGUUCGCGCAUGACGCAGUCAGACCUUAGGAUGCGACGGACUGCGCCUCCAGUGAGGCAUUCUGUGCAGGCUACGGUCCAAGCAAAGGUGCCGCAGUCGAGGCCUAUGGGCCCUAUUGUCAAGAUGGCGCUUUGA